AAAAAAUGACAACAAGAAAGGGACCCUUCAGACUUGUCACGGUCAACACGGCACCCGAGCGUGCGCAGCGUCUCAUUGGACGUUUGAUCACCGAGCUCCAAGAUGAUUACGAGAUCAUUCACGUUGACAACUGUCAGAGCAUAGAUGAGGUGAUCCCCAAAGUCACCGAGCACAAGCCCGACGUGUUGUUCUCGGCUUCCAUGUGGUCCCCGGAGGAGGCGCAGCAAAUUCACGCAAUGGCAAAGUCAAUUGUGCCCAAUAUCAAGUUGCAUGCUAUUCCGACUGGUCUACAAGUCGAGAGAGGACCAGAUGCGAUUGUUGAGUACCUCGUAGAGAAGGUCCCUGCUCUAUUGGAUAAUUAGGGUUACCCCGACUGUGGAUAGAUGGGACUGAGAGAUCGUCCCGGGUUGAGCGCAUGCACAAAGUACCACGUGAGGUUAUUAGAUAGGCUCCUUGCAUCACGUGUUGGUUCAUUAUUGUUACAUGCCCUUCUUAUACUUCUACUCAAACCACUACUCGUUCUCAAA